ACGCUCAGUAAAAGGUAUCAGCAUUAGCCGCCGUGGAAUAUAAAUACCAUUGCCGUCCCGCCUAAACCGACCUACUAAAAUAAACUAGUAACUACCCUCCACUACUGUCCACCGCCACACAGAAGAUUUAUCUUUUGCCACUUUUGGAUUCUUCCUAUACGUAUUAACUCCGUGAAUCUCACACCAAAGCACCCGCUUUCCGAAAAGUCUCCCCCCUCUUUUCAACUUCACAAUGACUGCCAUCGCUUCCGAACUCAGCAACCUCUCCCUUCGCACUGACUCUCCGCACAGGGCCGGCGACUACAAAGACAUCCCGUUCGAUGCCAAAACCACCCAGUUCGAAGCCGUUCUUGACCUUGUUGACAAGGCUGGGUUCAUCCCAGAAGAUCUCAUCGAAUCCGAAGUCAGAUGGUUCUACACCACCUUGGGGAUCGACGACAUCUACUUUGCGAGAGAGUCUGCCGAGGGGAUUGCCACUAAUAUCCACGCGCUUUACUCUGCCAAGGUGCAGGCUUACGCCCGCGGCGUCUCCACCAAACCAGUUUUGCAGUACAACAGAGCCUCCGUUGACCAUGCUGUCUACUUUGACUCCUCCACUCCGGGCUCCGAGGACUACCUCUUCAACCACUACGAGGAGUUGAUCGACGAUAAAUACUUGGACUCCUCCGACGGCACUAACUCAUACCGUCUCGAGUCCUACACCGCGCCGUUGGACUUGGAAAACAUGCCGUCUUUGAGAGACGCGUUGGAAAGAAACAACGUCAACGUGCAGAACCAGUCCGUCAGAUUGUACUUUGUCUACAAGACCUCUAUCGAACAGGCCCAGCCUGAUGUUACCGACAUCGAGCAGAUCGGUGACCGCACCUUCCUCGAAUCGGCUACCGACAACACCAAGAGACUCUACUCAGAGGUGUUGCAGCAGGUUUCCCUGACCACCGGUCCGGUUAUCCGCCACUUUGUCCUUCCAAAUACCAACGAAGUGCGUGUGAUCAUCGGGUACAAGCAAAAGUCCACCAGAAGAUACAACUCCGCGUUGAGCGUUUUGGCUGACUACUACAACCUCACCACCACCAGAAAGUACGUGGAGCAGUUCGCCAACGGCUCCACCGUCAUCUCCAUGUACAUGACCCCAUCCGACACCACCAAGCCAAUGGACUUGUCCAUCCACCAGGUUAUCAAGGAGGCGUCUUUGUUGUACUCCAUUCCUCACAACAUCUUCUACGACAAGUUCGUCAAGGGUGACAUGUCCUUGCAGGAGAGCAUUUACGCCCACUGUGGUGUUAUCUUUGUGACCCACUUCUUGAACCGUCUUGGACCGGAAUACAACUCGCUUGUCGCCAUGUUGGACCCAUCCAAGUCCAUCGCCCACGCUGAGCUCUUGAACAAAUUGAAGAACCGUUUGAGAUCCGAGACCUUCACCCAGUCCUACAUCCAGGAGAUGUUUGCCUCCCAGAGCGAAAUUGUCCGCAAGUUGUACCGCCAGUUUGCGGAUGCCCACUACAUCAAAUCUCCGUUGGAGGAGACCUUGUCGUACAAGCGUUUGUCCAAGAUCACCCCAAUUGGCGAUGAAAAGGAGUUCGAGCACUUGUUGGCCCGUGAAUGCUCUCAGAACGAGCACCAGGCCUUGGUCUUGCGCGCUUUGCACAGCUUCAACCAGUCCAUCUUGAAGACUAACUUCUACGUCUCCUCCAAGGUGGCCAUUUCCUUCAGAUUGAACCCCUCUUUCUUACCGGUCUCCGAGUACCCACAGACUCCGUACGGUAUGUUCUUCAUUGUCGGGUCCGACUUCAGAGGGUUCCACAUCCGUUUCAGAGACAUUGCUAGAGGUGGUAUCAGAAUUGUCAGAUCUCGCUCUGAGGAUGCGUACCAGGUCAACGUCAGAAACUUGUUUGACGAGAACUACAACUUGGCCUCUACCCAGCAGCGCAAGAACAAGGACAUCCCAGAGGGUGGGUCCAAGGGUGUCAUCUUGUUGGACCACGGCUUGGCCCAGGAAAACCCACAGGCCUCCUUCGAGAAGUACAUUGACUCUCUCAUUGAUUUGUUGCUUGACCAGAAGCAGUCCAAGAAGGAGAAGAUUGUCGACUUGUACGGCAAGCCUGAAAUCUUGUUCUUGGGGCCAGAUGAGGGGACCGCCGGCUACGUCGAUUGGGCCACCUUGCACGCCAAGAAGAGAUGUGCUCCGUGGUGGAGAUCGUUCUUGACCGGUAAGUCUCCGGAAUUGGGUGGUAUUCCACACGACGAGUACGGUAUGACUUCCUUGUCUGUCAGGGCUUACGUCGAGAAGAUCUACCAGAAGUUGGAAAUCACCGAUGCCAAGAUCACCAAGUUCCAGACCGGUGGUCCGGAUGGUGACUUGGGCUCCAACGAAAUCUUGUUGGCGAACAAGAUGGAGCACUACGUUGCCAUUGUUGAUGGUUCCGGUGUCAUUGUGGAUCCAAAGGGUCUCGACUCUGCCGAAGUGUUGCGCUUGGCCAAGACCCGUAAGAUGAUUGACAACUAUGACAAGUCCAAGUUGUCUGACGAAGGGUACGUCUGCUUGGUUGACGACGUUGACUUGAAGAUCCCAAGCGGCGAAGUCAUCACUUCCGGGAUUGCCUUCAGAAACAACUUCCACACCAACUUGAAGCAGACUUUGGGCAAGGUUGACUUGUUCGUGCCAUGCGGUGGUAGACCGGCUGCUAUCGACACCAACAACGUGUUCUCUCUUAUCGACGAGAAUACCGGUCGUUCGAUUAUCCCAUACAUUGUCGAAGGUGCCAACUUGUUCAUCACCCAACCGGCUAAGGUUAUCUUAGAGAACGCCGGUGCUAUCGUGUUCAAGGAUGCCUCCACCAACAAGGGUGGUGUCACCUCCUCCUCCUUCGAGGUCUUGGCCGCUUUGUCUUUUGAUGACGAAGGGUUCAAGAAGAACAUGUGCAUUUCCUCCACCGGCGUCAAGCCAGCCUUGUACCAGGCUUACGUUUCCGAGGUCCAGAAGUUGAUCCAGCGCAACGCCAACUUGGAGUUUGAGUCCUUGUGGGCUUUGAGACAGUCCACCGGCAAGGCCUUGUGUGACCUUUCCGACACCUUGUCCGUUGCCAUCAACCAGUUGGCUGACGACUUGGCCUCUUCCAAGGAGUUGUGGGAGGAUGACAAGCCAUUCCGUAACUCUGUUUUGAACGAUGCCCUUCCAGAUUUGUUGUUGGCCGAAAUCGGGUUGGAUAACAUCUUGGCUAGAGUCCCAGAGGCCUACUUGAGAGCGUUGUUUGCCACCCACUUGGCUUCCAGGUUUGUCUAUUCUAGAGGUAUUGAUGUCAACCCAGCCAAGUUCUUGGAGUACAUCUCUGCCACCAGAAAGGAGCUUCAGUUGUAGAGGAGCAUUUUAUUUAGUUUAUUGGUUUACAUGUAAUACAGUUUAAGUUUAGC